ACACUACGUCGUCUAGCCUGAACGUAUUUAAUUUAUUUUAAAAAAUAGUAAUAGCGAUAAAGAAGUGAACUAAUAUUUUGUUUUUGACAAUUCUAUAACAAGGGGAGAGUGUUACGGCGGGCUGCAGGAAAGUCGACUGCAUCGAUUUGGUGUGAUUGCAGAAUAAUUGUAGUGGCUAACGCAUCCACUUUGUGUGACUAAUCCAGGCGUCUUUCUGGGAAAAGUUGCCGGGAUGGCGGUAGGUGAAAACAGGCGAUGAAUCCCCUCCUCCGAGGGUUGCAUGGCAAAAUCAUCUGGAGGAAUAAAAACGGUUGUUUUGGAUGGAGCACUUUCACACUGUGAGAUUCAACGCCAUGAGCGUGAUUCACAUCUAGCUGUGGACACUUGAGGUGGGAUCGAGCCACAAAGACCGGACCACCAGCACCACCUGUGUGUGUCCACGGACAUGGAUAAACUGACUGUCAUAUCAGGAUGUCUCUUCCUCGCUGCAGAAGUCUUCGCCAUCGCCAGCAUCGCGAAUCCGGACUGGAUCAGCACCGGAGAAUCAGCCGGCUCUCUGACUGUCGGUCUGGUCCGACAGUGCCAGACCAUUCACGGCCGAGAUCGGACGUGCAUUCCCCCUCACAUGCCCCCGGAGUGGGUCACAACCCUUUUCUUCAUCAUCCUGGGCAUCCUCUCGCUGACCGUCACUUGUUGUCUGCUGGUCAUGUCCCACUGGCGUCGUGAGGUCGUCCGAUAUGCACGCUGGAUCGCCUUCACAGGACUUGUCCUCUUCUGUAUGGCCGCCCUCAUUUUCCCAAUUGGCUUCUACGUCAAUGAGGUUGGAGGACAGCCAUACAAGCUGCCCAACAACACCGGGGUGGGUUCUUCCUAUGUCCUCUUCGUUCUGUCCAUAUUUUUCACCAUCGUGGGCCUGCUGUUUGCUGGGAAGGUUUGCUUACCCGGCUGACGUACUUUACACAUGGGAACUCUUGGCCAUUUGGUGCCCGAAAAUGCAGACUCUUUUUUUUCUUUCCCUUUUCGUGUCCUCAUGGGAGGCUUGGCACAAGACUUCCGAUACAUCCGUCCAUCUGUUUGCUCAGAGGGAGUGAGUGUCGUCCUGAAGGAGCGGACAUGCAGGGGAAUUUUCCAAAGAUGGAUUUAAAUAAGGGCGUAUUAUCAACCAUCUUAUGAAGGAACCAGAUAACCUCUCUCACCCCGUUUACAAAAACUGGGACGAGUAUGAUUGUAAAAAGCUGUUGUAUGAGCAGCACAAUCCAAUCUGUAACAAAUUCAGUGACAUUUUUGUAUUUAUUUUCUUGUUUUGUAAUUCUUUUUGAGUAAAAAGUAAUAUAUUCCAGUGCAUAGCCACCAUUAACAUGUAGGGAUCAAACUGCCUUAUAAAUGUGUAUUCGUUUUGUGCUUUAGGAUUUUCUUUUUUGUCAUGGAAACAAAUAACUGAAUACAGUGAACUCCCGCUAUUUCACAAAUAACUAAUUACAGUUAAUUAAAUACAAUGUAAAGCAUUCAACUCUUCACAUUUUUGCUUCAAUUCAUGGGUAUUGUCCUGCCACGUCUGGCCACCUGGGGGCAGUAUAAUUCAGGCGUAGUCGAUGUACAAUCACUCUUAACAAAGGAUAAAGAAUACUGUAUAUGCCUGUGAGCAUUGUUAUAUUAUCGGUCAACAUGUUCCCCCGCACUUUGUAUUCAAAUAUCAAUUUCUUUAAAAGCGCAAAAGGGUGCGAUUGCGAAAGCCGAUACCACAAAUAUGUGGGGGUUCACUGUGUUAGAGAAAAGUUGUUUUUUAGUAAACAAAUAAAUCUAUUUUCUGUGUCAUAAUG